AUGGGCCGCGUUCUUCUCAAAGUUAUCAUUCUCGGUGACAGCGGUGUCGGAAAGACAUCUCUCAUGAACCAAUAUGUGAACAAACGGUUUAGCAACCAGUACAAGGCCACUAUCGGUGCCGACUUUCUUACGAAAGAAGUAAUGGUGGACGACCGGCUUGUUACGAUGCAGCUUUGGGAUACAGCAGGUCAAGAACGCUUCCAAUCACUUGGAGUAGCCUUUUACCGAGGAGCAGACUGCUGUGUAUUGGUGUACGACGUAAACAGCGCCAAAUCGUUUGAGACGCUUGACAGUUGGCGGGACGAGUUCCUUAUACAGGCAAGUCCACAUGACCCAGAGAAUUUCCCGUUUGUGGUGUUGGGGAAUAAGAUUGAUGUGGAGGAGAAUAAACGACAGGUCACCCAGAAACGUGCAAUGACAUGGUGUCAAUCCAAAGGCAACAUUCCGUAUUUCGAAACCUCUGCGAAAGAGGCUAUCAAUGUUGAACAGGCGUUCCAAACAGUGGCAAAGAAUGCACUGACUCAAGAAGCUGAAGAACAAUUGUAUGUCGACUACCCUGACCCCAUCCAACUGGACUCUGAGAGCUCGCAAAGCUACGGCUGCAACUGCUGA